UGGCGGUUCAAUAGUAUAGUGAGGGGCGAAGUUCAACCAAACCCUCUUGGCAAAAAAGGACAUUAUAUAUGCAAGAUAUUUUUUCAAUUUAUAUGUACAUAUAAAUUUUGAACCUCCUGCUCUUGCUCCCCUUUCCUGCUCAUCUCUCACCCCAAAGAGAACUGCUGCUAUUGUAUAGAGAGCGUCGCUAAGACAAAAGUCUCAUUCUUGAACUUCCAUGCAUAGUUCACAAGUAUAGUACAGUAUCACCAACUUUUUUGAAAAUGGACACAAUGAGAAAGCUAAUAGUAGAAGUAAUUGACGCGCGGAACCUCCUUCCUAAGGAUGGCCAUGGCACUUCAAGUCCUUACGUAGUUGUCGAUUUCUAUGGACAGAGAAGGAAGACGAAGACGAUCACUCGUGAUCUCAGCCCCGUAUGGAAUGAAAUGUUGGAGUUUAAAGUCGGAAAACCCUCUGAUGUUUUCGGGGACAUGCUCGAGCUAGAUGUUUAUCAUGACAAAUUUAUUGGCCCUACAACCAGGAAUAAUUCACUUGGAAGGGUCAAAUUGAGUGCUACACAGUUUGUCAAGAAAGGUGAAGAAGCAUUGAUCUAUUAUCCUUUGGAGAAGAAAUAUUGGUUUAGUUGGAUAUCCGGUGAAAUCGGUUUGAAAAUUUAUUUCGUUGAACAAGUUCAUGUGACUCUACCUGAAGAAGUCAAAAUGGAGGAGCCUAAGCAAGCACCAGCAUCUGAGUCAUCAGAACCUGCAUCGGAAGGUGAGACGCCAAAUAACACAGAGAAGCCACCUGCAGAAGAAGUUGCCGCGGAGAAUCCUACUAUCAGCCUAGAAGCUGAGCCUGAACAAGAAAAGUUGGAGAAAGAAGCUGGGAGUAGUGUACUAAUGGAUCCACCACCAGAGUUGCCAGUACAGGAGGAUGAAUUUAAUCAGGUGAAAAGAUCUGUAUCUUUAGGAUCUAUACCUGAAGUAAAGGUGAGCAAAAUUACUGGUCCUAGGCCGAUUAGUCGUGCUUCAUCUGUUAGCAGCUUCAUGUCGGAUGCUGCUGCAUUGGACAGAUCACUUCCGAUUGAACGGUCCUCAUUUGAUCUUGUAGAGAAGAUGCAUUACAUCUUUGUUCGAGUGGUAAAAGCUCGAUCACUUCCCACAGUUGGGAGCCCCGUGGUGAAAAUUGCUGUUUCGGGGAGCCAUGUUGUAUCAAAGCCAGCCCGGAAAACAGUGUUGUUUGAGUGGGAACAAACAUUUGCUUUCGGUAGAGACACACCAGUUGAUUCUUCCUCCUCCCUCUUGGAAGUCUCAGUGUGGGAUCCAUUAAGUGCCAAGUCAUUUGAUCCUGCAUCGGAUGUGGCAUCAGGACGUCUGUUUCUAGGUGGCAUUUGCUUUGACGUGAGUGAGAUCCCCCUACGAGACCCACCUGAUAGUCCUUUGGCUACUCAAUGGUAUAGGCUUGAAGGAGGUGGGGCUCAUAGAGGUGAUCUAAUGCUUGCCACUUGGGUUGGGACUCAAGCUGAUGAAUCAUUCCCUGAAGCUUGGAAGAGCGACACUGCUGGUAAUCCUGCUUCUAAAUCUAAGGUAUAUCAAUCUCCUAAAUUGUGGUAUUUGAGGUCAUGUGUGAUAGAGGCACAAGACAUUUCUCAGCUCACACAUAUUUCAAAGGAGUCAUCAUAUCAGAUCAAGGCCCAAUUGGGAUUCCAAGUUCAAAAGACUAAAUCCAUCACCACAACUACUGGAUCUCCAUCUUGGAAUGAAGACUUGGUCUUUGUAGCAGCUGAGCCAUUUACUGAGCACUACUUGCUAUUUCUCCUAAUAGAAAUGGCCAGGCCAUCGAAAGAGGAAACCAUCCUUGCAGUUGCUAGCAUACCGCUCAGCACAAUCGAGCGUCGAGUGGAUGACCGUAAGGUGGCGUCCAGAUGGUUCACAUUUGAAGAUCCUAAUGAAGAGAAGAGAAUUUACCAAGGUAGAGUCCACUUGCGCCUUUGUUUUGACGGUGGAUAUCAUGUGAUGGAUGAAGCAGCCCAUGUUUGUAGUGAUUAUCGUCCAACCGCAAGACAACUAUGGAAAGCACCAAUUGGGACUGUUGAAUUGGGAGUUAUUGGAUGCAAGAACUUGUUGCCCAUGAAAGGAAAGGGGUCUACGGAUGCUUAUGCAGUGGCUAAGUAUGGCAACAAGUGGGUACGCACGCGUACUGUAUCUAAUAGUUUAGAACCUAGGUGGAAUGAGCAGUACACUUGGAGAGUUUAUGAUCCAUCCACUGUGCUGACUAUUGGAGUAUUCGAUGGCUGGGAAGAUGUAUUCGAGUCAGAUGGGUGCAAGGAGACAAUGAGGCCAGAUUUUCGGAUUGGUAAGGUGCGUGUGCGUAUUUCGACAUUGACAACAGGUAAAGUGUACAGGAAUACUUUCCCAUUACUUUUGUUAUCACAAGCUGGUUUGAAGAAAAUGGGGGAGAUUGAAUUAGCAGUGAGAUUUAUACGUGCUACACCAACGCUUGAUUUCUUACAUGUCUAUUCACAACCAUUGCUACCCAUGAUGCAUCAUGUAAAGCCUCUUGGCAUGGUUCAACAAGAUAGUUUAAGGUUUGCAGCCGUCAAAAUAGUAGCGAGCCACUUGACAAGAUCCGAGCCGCCUCUUAGGCGUGAGGUUGUGACUUACAUGCUUGAUGCCGAUUCACAUUCAUUCAGCAUGAGAAAAGUUCGAGCAAAUUGGUUCAGAAUCAUCAAUGUCAUCGCUGGCGUAAUUGACAUUGUCAAAUGGGUAGAUGACACACGUGGCUGGAAGAAUCCGACUGCAACUUUACUUGUGCAUGCACUGUUGAUGAUGCUUGUUUGGUUCCCUGACUUGAUCAUCCCUACAUUCGCCUUCUAUGUGUUUGUGAUCGGUGCAUGGAAUUACAGGUUCAGAUCUCGAGAUACUUUACCUCACUUUGAUCCAAAGAUAUCACUGGCAGAGUCACUUGAUAGAGAUGAGCUUGAUGAAGAGUUUGAUGCAUUGCCUUGUACUAGACCAAACGAAUUGGUACGAACCAGGUAUGAUAAACUGCGCAUGCUUGGUGCACGAGUUCAGACAAUCUUGGGAGAUUUCGCAACACAAGGGGAGCGAGUGCAAGCAUUGGUAACUUGGCGUGACCCUCGAGCCACAGGGAUAUUUAUUGGGUUGUGCUUUGUGGUGGCAUUCAUUUUGUACUUGGUACCAUCUAAAAUGGUAGCUAUGGCAUUUGGUUUCUACUAUCUCCGCCAUCCCAUAUUUAGGGAUAGAAUGCCUUCCCCGGCUUUGAAUUUCUUUAGAAGGCUGCCUUCACUUUCAGACAGAAUGCUCUAGUUCUAUUUAAGAAUUACUUUAGCAUGAUAAGUAUGAAAGGGAAGCCGAGCGAUUGGUGGAAUAUUUACGUACUACUUCUGAUUUGUGUUCCAUAUGCUAUUGGGAACAAUUUUCUUUUCUUGCUUUUUUGUUAUGUAUACGUACACUAUAUAUUUAUCGACAAAAUUAAUUAGAAAGAAGGUAGAGUUCAUGAAA